AUGGAGCAUUUCAAUGUGUUUAAAGUUCACCGAGGACAAAACUACAAGAGUUCUAUUACUGUAAAUCAUCUUGCACGUUUUUCAUUAGUCUUGAGGUUAACGUUGUUGGGUUCAUUCCAAUCAGAAGGUGGUAGCAUCGUCAUUCUUGGUAGUGAUUCUCAAUAUCCUGGCAAAAAUGACCUUGAAAAGUUCCCCCCAGAUCUUCCUGGUGAUUUAGAACUUCUUGUGCACCCUGCACCAGAUAAAAGCGGGGAAGAUGUUGGUCGUGGUUUUCAAAGAUUUGGAUUUUCGAAAGCUGGGGCUAUCAUGGGCAUACAUAAAUUGAAUAAAAGACUCUUCAAGCAUCGCGGGUCAAGUGGCUACUUUGUUAUGUUGAACAAGGGUGAAAGUUCACCGGAGGGCUGGGAUGAAGAGAAGUAA